GGAGAUGAAAACUUUUGAUAAAUUUAUAUUUUGAUUUUGGAGUGCGUGGAGUAAAAAAUUAGGUUUUAAUAAUAAUGAAAUAUGGAAAGAGGAAGAUGGGAUACAAAUAGUACCACUCUUCAUACAAACUUCAAUGAGCGGACAGAUAUUUACAACGGAUUGGACGCUUAGCCGUUCGAUCCAAAGUGCGUUGAAAAAACCCUGUUUGAGACAAAGACCUAGCCGUUAAAAAAGCAACAUACCUUUACCUCUUGGUUUUGGAUCUUUGUCCAAUUUCCGUAUCUGUUCUUGGAUCUCUUAGCAAUUGUUCAUUGUCUGUUGAUUAAAUCCAUUUAAUCUUUGUCUUCGAUAAAACACUAACUCUCUACAUUUAAUCUCCUGUCUCACAUAACCUUCCCGCUAUUACUUUGCCCCUUUGUCGAGUGUCUAGGAUGCCCGGCUGUGCACUGCAAAUCGAAAUUAUGGUGUCCGGUUUGAUAAUUGCAAAUCCGGUCGUGUACGAGAAGAAAGAGCGGCGCGUUUGUAACGUUAGAGAUAUAAAGGAUCCUGAGCAUCCCUACUCUUUGGAAGAGCUUAAAGUAAUAACUGAAGAUGCCAUUGAAGUAGACAACACCUAUAGUUAUGUUAGGGUCACAUUUAUUCCUACUGUUGAACAUUGUAGUGUGGCUACGGUUAUUGGUCUUUGCUUGAGAGUCAAACUUAUGAGGAUUCUCCCUUCUCGCUACAAGAUGGAUAUAAGGAUCACAACUGGAACUCAUGCAACUGAAGCUGCAUACACUGUCUCUCCUUUUCUCUAGUAGUCAAUGCCAGCUUCGUUUUCCAAAAAUUUUUCAGAGGGAGAUUUCUAGAUUAACUUUAUAAAGAAGUGUGGUACCGCUUUCACAUUAUGGUCUAGGUUGAAUUUAAUUCCUUCCCCAAUUUAUCUUCCUUUCACGGUGGGAAAUGUUUCUCUUGCUAAUUAAUAACUACUAACUAUUAUAUGAUAGAAAUAGGAGUCAAAUAUAGUAAUACAAAGCUUGUGUGCAUAAUGUUGCAGUUAAUGGAUUAUCUAAUUCCUUUUUUCUUCUGUAAUGCAGUUAAUAAACAACUGAAUGAUAAAGAACGUGUUGCUGCAGCACUAGAAAACCCAAACCUUGUGGAUAUGGUUGAUGAAUGUCUGGCUCCAUCCUAUGGUUGAAUGUAUUAUAUUACUAAAUGCGGUGAGAGCAAUUGUAUAUCUACUAUAUAGUCUACUUGUAGAUGAUUGAAGGUCUCAUAAUACAUGUCAAGAUCCUACUAUCGUCCAUUAAAAAGCUUCUGGUGUUAAAGCUGGAAGCAAUACAGGUGAGAUCUUCAAUACAUAUACCCUGGAUAUCAAAAUUUGAGAGGUCAAGUGCCAUUCAUGUGUGCACCUCAAUAUUCUAGCAUGUUAGGUAAUUUACAUAGCAUCAAAAUUCUUUUGCAACCAUUUAACUUGCUUUUCAAUCCAGCAUCCCUCAAGGCAUUCAUAGCUGAAUGAUAUAGCCAUCCAUCUGAGUUCCUUCGGUUUUAAUGUCCUGCAGAAGCUUCACCAACUUAUUGAUCGGGCUUGUUUUAGAGAAAACCCCAACUAUGAUGCUAGCCAUAGCCUUGUAGAUUAAUUCCCUGGUUAACCUAAACUCCUGGUAGAAUUUCACACGCAUCUCAUUCUCCCUUGCUGUAUUGUAAGCUCUAAGGAUAGCAGUGUGGCUAACUUUAUCCGGUGCCACCUUUCUUUGCUUCAUUUCUUUCCAACUCUUCUCUACGUGUCUCAAGUUCUUGACUCUCCUAUGCAUGUCCAUCAAAAAAUUGUAAACCCAUACAUUUGGUUGAAACCCUUUCUGUUUCAUUUAAGCCACAUGCUUCAUUGCAUCUCUUAUGCUCCCUGCUUUCCCAUUCGUUGCCAUCAUGCUAGAAUAUGCCACAAAACAUUUAUCAAACGCCUUCUGUUCCAUCUCUGAAAAUACCAUUUCAGCUUUCGAGUUUGCGACAGUAGGCAUUUAUGGUCGAGGCAUAAGUUACUUGACCUGGUUUCAGCCCUGAAAAAGCAGCUCCUCAUAAACUACAAUGGCAGAACGAAACCCUCUUCUUUUGGAGAAGCCAUUGACUAUUGUGCAGAAAAUACUAUCAGAAACCUUUAUGUUUGUAUUCUUCAUCACCAUCACAACUUCCAAAGUUUUCUCUAAUAACCUUUCUUCUAUAUACAUCAAUACAAGUUUUAAAAAGCACUUCUUGAUCCCUUACGAUUCUCCUCUCCUCUGCAUCUUUGAAUACUUCUUCAACCACAGUUAAAUCACCAAUGUUCGAAAAUGAGUGUAUCAAGGAACAGCAAACUGAAGAACUCACAAAAUUCCUUUCUUUGUCAUGUCUUUGAAAUAUUCAAGAGCUUCAUAAGUUCGACCUGAUUUAGCCAUUGACUUGCAAAGAAUACUGUAUGUGCUACGUGCAACUGGUGUUAAAUUCAACUUCCUACUUUCAAAUUCAUUAAAAAUAAGGAAACUUUGUCCAUACCGCCAAUUUGCUAAUGAGCUUCCAUUAUCUGGCAAUAAGAUUCCGAAU